AUGCCUCCUCAAAUCAAGCAAGACCUUAACCGCUCCGGUUGGGAGUCUACAGACUUUCCAUCCGUCUGCGAAAACUGCUUACCAGAUAACCCAUAUGUCAAGAUGCUCAAGGAAGAUUACGGCGCCGAAUGCAAAUUGUGCACGAGACCGUUUACGAUAUUCAGCUGGAGCGGCACCCGCGCGCAAGGACGACGCAAGACAACCAUGAUCUGCCUGACAUGCGCCCGCCUCAAGAACUGUUGCCAAAGCUGCAUGCUCGACCUGUCCUUCGGAUUGCCCAUUGCCGUGCGCGACGCUGCGCUCAAGAUGGUCGCACCCGGCCCACAGUCCGACAUCAACCGCGAAUACUUUGCGCAAAACAACGAGAAGCUCAUCGAGGAGGGUAAGGGCACCGAAGAGUACGAAAAGACGGACGAAAAGGCGCGCGAGCUGCUCCGCCGCCUCGCCGCCAGCAAGCCAUAUUUCCGCAAAGGAAGGACCGUGGACGAGUCUGAGCUGGCCGGUGCCAGCACCGGUGGCAACGCCGCGGUCGGCGCUGGUGUUGGCGGGCCCGGGCCUAUCCGAACGAAGGACUCGAGAGCUGCUAGGGCUGCCGGUGCCAAGACCGGCACUGGCAAGGGUCGAGGCACAUUCCCCAGCGCUGCACAGCUGCCACCCGGCCCCAGCGACUGGUUGCCUCCGGACGAUAAGAAUAUCAUGUCGCUGUUUGUGACGGGCGUAGAGGAUGACCUCCCUGAGUUCAAGCUGCGCGACUUCUUCAAGGCGCACGGCAAGAUCAAGAGCCUCAUAUGCUCGCACAUGUCGCACUGCGCCUUCAUCAACUACGAAACGCGCGAGGCGGCGGAGAAGGCAGCGGCCGCGUGCCAAGGCCGGGCCGUCAUCGCUGGGUGUCCCUUGCGAAUCCGCUGGGGACAGCCCAAGGCUAUCGGAAACAUGGACAAGGAGCAGCGCUCGCAGAUGCUGCGCGACGCGCGUAUCCGGCAAGCCUCGCGGGGGCGGCAACAAGGGGCCAUCGAGGGCGGCCAGGCCGCGUCGUCGUCAACGAGUCCGGUAGCUGCGCCGCCUGGCGGCGAAGACGCACCCAACUAUGCCAGCUUGGCUGGAGAAUGA